UGUCAGAUCCCAGCAGGCAUGUCUUCCAUCAGCAGUGGCUGCACAGGGGAUCAGAGCAGCGAUCAGCGCAGUCUUAGAAAGAAGAUCAAGGACAAAUUAAUCAUGUAUGAUGUUGGCAGCCGAUACAACCACAUUCCUCUUCAGAAAGCCUCAGUUCUGCUCCCUCUGCAAAUUAGACAAGGCAGACUCUACCUGCUUCUGACUGUCAGAUCAAUGGAGCUGAACACGAUGCCAGGACAGGUGUGCUUUCCUGGAGGAAGACAGGAUCCAUCAGACCAAGAUGAAAUAGAAACAGCUCUAAGGGAAUCCGAAGAAGAGAUCGGACUGUGUGCUAACCAAGUGGAAGUCGUUUGCAGGCUUCUUCCCUACUUUACCAAGUCUCCAGCAUACUUGGUCACUCCAGUGGUUGGGAUUGUGGAGGACACCUUUCAGCCAUCACCUAACCCCAAUGAGGUCACAGACGUCCUCCAUGUUCCCUUGGAUCUGUUUAUCAGCUUGGAUCAUCACACUGGAAUACCAUAUAACAUGCCCCCUUUUGGAAUGCAGACCAUUCAUAAAUUUGAGCAUCAGGAUGAAAAAUCCAAGAGAAGCUUUCACAUUUGGGGGCUGACGGCUCAUUUUGCCUUACUGCUUUCAGUCAUCGUCCUAGGAAGACGUCCGUUGUUUGACCCAGGGUUUGAUCUUGAGAACACAUUGAACAUUUGUGAGAAAACUAUCUUGGACUAUCAUAAUCUGAGUAAACUGUAG